CGCAGUCAUUAUUGCGCCAGUCUAACACCCGCCAGCGAUCAUCCUCGUCGCCGCGGCCGUGCCGACUUUCCCAGGCGAUUUCCGAGGCUACAUCGCGGUACCAACGCGUCAGCAAGGGCGUGCGUGCGAGAGGAGAACGGCCUCGUGGCAGGUCUCGUGGUCACGUCGCGGGCGCGCUGAACUAUCGCGUCACCGUACCUCGGCGGAUACGAUGAGACUCUUCUCGGAGAACGAGGAAAAUGUGACGUGAGAGACUGGCCUUCGGCUUCGGCGGGUCCUUCGACGAGUGCGACACGCUCUGCGACGCAGUCAGUACGCGCGGGCGGGGGUCAUCCGGCAAAAUAACCGUCGCGAUGAGGAGGUUGCUGCCGACGGCGGCGGUGUGCUGCUGGCUCCUGGUGGUGUUCGAUGUCGGCCAGGUCGCCGGACAAUUAUUGGACACGGAGUUUCAGCCGACGGUGACGGCGACGUGCAAGGGCGGCUACAUGACGAUUCGCGUGAAUCUCAAUCAGAGUUUCGUAGGUGCGGUCCAUGCGCGGGACCAUCGUACCCCGCAGUGCAUGGUAUCGGGCAAUGGCACUACGCACGCUACCCUGGGUAUCAAUCUGUUCGCGUCUCAGGACAGUCCCGAGUACUGCGGAGUCCUCGUGAACAACCACACGGAAGAACGUUCCAUUCCUAUCGCCGUUAGGAUACACAAAACGCUGGAGCUAGCGGACGACAAGUUUUAUGUCAUUACGUGCGGAAAAGCGGGCUUCAAAAAUGCCAAAAAUGAAACUUCGUUGGUUUCCUUGCGCCUUUUGGACGAAGGUGUGAGAGUGCAAGAAGCUAUAUACGGUCACAACUAUACUCUGCGUGCCGAGAUUUCACGCCCAGACGGAAUGUACGGGAUUCGAGUCAAGAACUGCUUCGCCUUCAACAAGCUCAAUUCCAGCGUGCAACUUAUAGACGACAAAGGCUGUCCCGUGAAAGUGCGAAUGACGAAAUUCAUAUACGAUCGAAGCACCGGUAUAGCGGAUGCCACAUUGUUUUCCAUGUUCCGGUUUGCUGACAGUUCAGAGGUGCAUUUCCAAUGCGACAUCGCCGUGUGCAGAGGAAGCUGCGGUACUCCCGUAUGCGAAGGAGACAAAGAAGAGUUGGUAAAGGGUGGCUCCUCCACUAACGGACAAAGUGUUAGUAGUGAAGAAGGAGUGCUACUUGCCGGAACGAGCGUUUUUGUUCUCCAACCAGGCGAAAAACGAGUUGUACAAACAUUGUACGACGACGGCAGCGUGCACCCGCUGUGGCUUCUGUGGCUGGCGGUGGCACUCGGGAUAUUAUUCCUCAUCAUGCUCAUUAUCAACAUAUUCCUGUGUUCGGCGAUGACCUGUAGCUGCACCCGGACCGACAUUAUCGAGAAGGAGCCGUCAAUCAUUGAGGAUUACGAUCCGUACCGCAGCUGGCACGGUUCUCAAUACGGGUCGAGGUAUUCGUUAAACGGAAAGCAAGGAUACGCCUCCGGGGGAUCCACCAUGAACUCCACGAGGUCGAUAUCGACGAAUAGCGAUCACUACGCGAUAGUGCACUCCCGACCAGGAAGUAGAUACUCCGGUCCUGGACAGAAGCAUCAUCAUCAUCACAGAGGGCCGCCAUCCAACAUCGGUUCGCACUACUCCGGAAAGUGACGUUUCCGUUAGCUUCAUUUAUCAAAAAAACUAGAACUCCAUUGUUUUUUUUUAACGUUACUCCAAUUAAAACACAAAUUUUAUGUAUAUGCGUCGCUAUGGCAUUAUCCCAACCGCACGAGUGACAGGCAUUCGGUUCAACCAUAAAACUGCCGAUGCAACCUUAGAAGAAUUUAAAAUAUUACAUAAGAGGUAUAAAGAGUAUUGAACAAUAUUAAACAAUGUGUUAACCUUUUUGAUUACAAAGGAUUAUUCGAAGGAUUGACUUACGCCAUUUACCGCUUUGUGGCUAAAAGUCAACUUGCUACAUUUGCCGUACUUGAGAUAAUAUAAUAAAAAGAAAACUGUUGCUUUUUAACAUUAAGAUAUAAUAAAUUAAUAAUAAUAACGGUUAAGAAAAUGUUAAUAGAUCAAGUUCAAUAUCACACAAUUAUCGUCAAUUCUCUUUCAACAAUUUGAAAAUAUUUUGCGGCGAAUGAUGGAAUUUGUAUAAUGUCGAGUAUUAUGCGUGUUUCACCGUUUUUCUCACGGAGACCUUUUUUAUACUUUUGCACUUGUUAAUAAUAUCAACGACAAUAAACACCAUGAUAGAUUCGGGAAACGCGGAUUAAGUAUAUAUAUUAAUGAGAUAAAUUUUCCUACGGAUAAGCACGAUAUAAAACGAUACGUAUUCACACAUUGGUAUUUUUAUAUUUAGCUUUAUCAUUCGCGAAAUGAUUCUCGUGCUUUAGACUGCGUAUGUAUCAUAAUAUAAUAGUCAUAAGCAUAGACACUAGAAUUUACAAAACUGUGCAUUGAUCUUAAAUAAGAUAUAUUAGAUAUAAAUGCUUUUUGUACAUAAAUUCAUUAAUCUAAAAACA